GGAACAUAAGCGUCAGGUUCAAAGCCGUACAAUCUCCAACUAUAGCGUUCACCCACUAGAUUCUUCAAGGCAUUCCCUUCCUUUCUGACCAAGUAUUCCCCAUGCUGCCAAACGAGCUGUUAGACGCGAUUAUCGAGGAAUGCCGCAACGACAGGCAAACCCUCAUGGCAUGUAGCCUCGCUAACCGGGCGCUGCGAUGGUCAUCCCAGAAGCGUCUUUUCGCCGAAAUCACACUCUCCGGUUCACACUGCUAUGCAACCCACGCAGCACCGUAUCCAUCCUUGCUUCGUCUCGUCUCCAGCUCAUCCCAGAUAGCGUCCUACGUGAAGAGUCUCCGCAUCCACGACUCGGACAAAGAAAUCAUCCCCCAGAUUCUCGAGCAGCUGCCCAACAUCGAAUCUCUCUCGAUCGCGUGGACAUCCCCGGACUUCAUAGGCAAUGCCUUGACGAGGGCACUUUCACGGUCUCAGUUCCAAAACAUUUCGUUUGACGGGAUGAUGUUCAAGACAUCAGAAGAAUUCUUCGAACUGUUUGCCCGCAGUACGGAGAUCCGAAGCGUGCAAUUUUCAGACAGUUGUAUUGAAACGAUCCUGCCGUCCAGCAUGGCCCCAUUUCAACGAUGCACCAUUCUAGAUCUGUCCCUGCGGACAGGAGAAGGUGAAACCAACCAGUUCGUCGAUGGGGUGCUAGGUAUUUCGUCCACCAUCAACGUCGGCCAUCUCAGGCGACUUCAAUUCUGGAUGACGACCACAGCGUAUCUCCCAGCUCUUUUGAAGUUGCUGGCGACAACGAAGGGCAUAUUGGAGGAACUGGAACUGCAUCUGCUAGCACUCGCAGCCACGCCACGACAAGGCGAACUCGAUGUCAGCGGUAUCCCGCGUGUCAAAUGCGUCCUCCGCUGCUCGGUGUACUCACGGCCAAUUUUGGCCUGCGUAGCCUGCAUUUUUGGUGGAACAUCGUCUGCCACGUUGGAAGAAGUGGAGCUCGUCUUGCGGGUAUCUGAUUCCAAACCGUUUGAUGCGUCAGACGAUAUUCUGUGGAAUGAUGCCGACAGCGUGAUGGUACGGGCCAAGAAACGCGUAAGCAUUUGUAUCGAAUUUUUGCGGCCAGAGCAGAGGGAUCGGUAUGGGGACGCUUGUGUAGGUCUGUUCCUGCGGAAAAUGGAUGGAUGCCGUGGCAAGGGUACUUUGCACGUGGACAGCAAAGUUGUCGCGCCGUAUUAAUCGUUCAAUUCACGCGUACCGGAUGAAGGUCGACGAGGAUUCUAGGGUGAUUUAUGCAGAGUUCUCUCUGAGUAUAUAGGUGAAUGAUUCGGGGAUGUUGGGAUUGGUCACGGCCAUAGCACCGGGCUACGUGAGAGAUCUUUCGAAUUGCAAUUAAUGAAGGGCAAACCUUGAAAUGACGUAUGAACUCACCGAGCUGAUAUAAUAGCAUCUAGUCAGGUCCAUCCACCUCCAACAUGGAUUCUAAGCACCAGCAGAAAAAGAGCAGCGACAGCGGCAAGGCAUCUUCAUG